AGAUACAGAGUGAACAUGACAGCCAUAAACACGGCCAACAUAAACUUCAAAUGGGAUCCGAAGAGCCUGGAGAUCCGUACCCUGGCUGUGGAGCGGCUGCUGGAGCCCUUGGUCACACAGGUCACGACCCUGGUGAACUCCAGCAACAAGGGUCCGUCCAAUAAGAAGAAGGGUCGCUCUAAGAAGGCCCAUGUAUUGGCUGCCUCGGUGGAGACGGCCACCUUGAACUUCCUGGAUAAAGGAGAGAAGAUCGCGAAGGAGAGCCAGUUCCUCAAGGACGAGCUCACUGCUGCCGUGGAGGAUGUACGCAAGCAAGGUACGGUUAUCUACUACUGGCCUUGACUCCUUUGCUCUGAA